AUGAAAAGGGCAAGAGCAAGUAUUCAAGGUAUGCAGAAGAAAGACAUGUUUUUGAACAAACUUUGCCCAAAUGAUGAAGAGGAAGAAGAUCCUACUGCUGAGCAACUACCUCCUGUAUACCCUAUGCACAAUUCUGAGCAAGAAUGGGAUCAAAUGGCUCCUGUGUUAGGUAUGAAAUUCACAAAUCCUAGUGAACUCAAACAUUGUCUUACCAACUAUGCUGUUAAGCAUGGUUAUGAUUUGUGGACUAAGGGAGAGUCUUGGGAUUUAACUAUAUGCCCAUCCAUUAGGAAGAAAAUAGCAGAUUUGAAGGACAAACAGAGGUAA